GAGGAGGAGGAGGAGGAGGGAAUCCAGAUGGGAAGGAGCAGCAUCGGCGCCGCAGGAAAGAAGGAGAGAGAGGGAGAGAGACUGGAGGAGAAGACACGAAGCCUCAUCUCUGCUCGGAGAUGAAAGACACUUUUAUCACACACUGAACAAUCGGAUCUCACUUGGUGCCGCAAUGUAUUUUGGUAAUGUGUGCCACAGCACUCUGCCGCCGCUGGCUCGUCCCACGCUGGGCAGGAACCAGCCCUCCCCUGACCCGAAAGCCCUCCUCCCCCUCCACCUGCUGCCUAGAUUCACUGACAUGGAUCAUAUACAUAAAGCUCUGACUGGCCCAGGCUUCGGGCUAACCUCACCCUUAAUAAGAAAGCCCAGUUCCUGCGGCGUCUGUCGUCUUAGAUUCAACUCUGAGGCUCAGGCUUCCUCCCAUUAUAGCGGCACGAAGCAUGCGAAAAAGCUGUUAGCUCUGGACGCCCCAGAUUCAAAGAUCAGGACCUGCGAACCGGUCUCCAAGGAAACUGCAGUCCUGUUGUCGUCGUGCUCACGGCUCUCCAGCUCUGACACAACAUCAGGAGAGCCUUCAUCGCUGAACCCUACCUCAGAAAUGGCACCAUCAACCAGUGGCUCCACUGAAACUGUGAAAGCACCUUCUGACCCUUCCUUGUCACCCAUUUCAAGGACAACAGAGAAAGAGGCACCAAAAGAUGGAGAGGUGGAGGCUCCAGGAGAGGAGACCGAAGAAGCAAAAGCUAUACGUCUUCUGUACUGCUCUCUCUGCAAGGUGGCUGUCAACUCAGCCUCCCAGCUUCAGGCCCACAACAGCGGCACUAAGCACAAAACCAUGCUCGAGGCCAGAAGUGGCGAUGGAGCCAUCAAAUCCUUCCCCAGGAUGGGGGUCAAAGGCAAGAUGGCUGCACCGUCUGAGUCAUCGACAGGACUCCAGAAUAAAACUUUCCACUGUGAGAUCUGCGACGUGCACGUCAACUCUGAGACUCAGCUCAAACAGCACAUCAGCAGCAGGAGACACAAGGACAGAGCGGCAGGUAAACCAGCCAAGCCUAAAUUCAGCCCCUACACUCCCACCCAACGUCACCAGAGUUUCCAGGCAAUAAGGCUGACUUUACGAAAGAACCAAGAUCUGACCAAGCCUCUGGCGUCUUGUGUCCUCCAGCGUCAGCUCUCUGUUGCUGCCGCCGCCGCUGCUGCCAUGGUGUCUUUGCCCCCGUUCCCUCUCCCGCCUGCAUCAAACUCGAACCCCGCCCUGUUUCACAGUCAAUCCCUCCCCCAGGCCCUGCUUCAUCCGGCACCCGGACCCAUCUGCUCAACACACACGUCUGUUCUGUUUUCCCCCUACUGACCCGGCCGAUGUCUCUAUCGCUUCUGAACUACAGCUAAAAGCAGACAUGAGGCCCGAACAAGAUGU